AUGGGUUUGAAGCCGUAUCUUGGCCUUCGCGGUAAUUCGCUCCUCAGAGCAGCAGUCGCACUGGUCGUUUUCCCAAUAUUCACCUGCUAUGGCUAUAAUAUGAGCGUGGCUGGUGGUCUUUUAACACUGCCCGCUUUCAACAAACAGUUCUCUCGCAUGGACACGUUCAACACGGAGGAAGACUUGAAGGCGGAAAAUUCGACUGUUCAAGGCACAGUCAUUGCUCUCUACACUGUCGGCGGGAUCUUCGGAGCCUUGUCAUGCGCACAUCUAGGUGAUCGACUAGGGCGGAAGAAGUUCAUAUUCUGGGCCAGUUUCUUUUGUAUGAUUGGCUGUAUUCUGAUGGCAACAUCCUUUAAUUUCGCCCAGUUUAUCGUUGCAAGGCUAGUUCUUGGCGCCGGCAUUGGUGGAUACACCGCUAUCGUGCCAGUUUGGCAGUCUGCGAUCUCACCAACACACAAGCGAGGCUCAAAUUUCGUUGAUCUCGGAUUUUUCUUCGUGAAGGACAACUCCGCAUCAUGGCGAUUCCCUCUUGCCUUCGCGGCCAUCUUAUGUAUCCUGGCUAUGGUUUCUAUCCCGGUGCUACCAGAGGCUCCCCAGCUGGAACCCAAUUCGGACGAGAUCACCAAUGUCAUCCAUAAUGUCCAAACUACUCUCGCUGUCUCCGGAAAUACUUCCUGGACCGCUAUGUUUAUAAACGAUGAGCAGCGGCUAUUCCAUCGUGCAUAUAUUGCCUGCACUGGCCAGUUCUUUCAGCAGAUGUGCGGCGUAAAUCUAAUUACCUACUAUGCGACCAGUACCUUCCAGGAAUAUCUUCGCAUGGAUGAUUUGAAAUCCCGUAUCCUCGCUGCUGCCAUGGGUUUGAUGCAGCCGUUCGGCGGCCUCCUUGCCUUUUUUACUAUUGAUAGAGUGGGUCGUCGGCCGCUCAUGACAUGGAGUGCCCAGGACAACAGUGCUGCCUUGGUGGUGGCAGUCAUCGCACUUUUCUGUUUCCAAUUCAUCUUUACAGUCGGAUACUCGGGUCUGACGUUUCUCUGCGCUGCCGAGUUGGCUCCUCUACAAGUCUUCAAUUUCCUACUCGCUGAAGUUACUCCCAUCGGCUUCAACACUAUUCACGACAAGUACUACAUUGUCUUCGCGGCAAUUAACGCCAUAAUUGAGAUCGAUGAAAUCUUUGCCCAGUCGAAGAACAUCUUUGACCCACCUCGCGUGGAAAGUCGCAUGCGCAAGACUCUCCGUGCCAGUAACUUCGUCACCCGACCGGAAAUGGAUUUCUGUGGUGAGAAGAACGAAUAUAUGAAGGAAGAAGUCAAGGCUGAAGUCUGA